GUAGGCGAGUGGUAGGGUUUUGGGGUCGGGAAAAGAGGGAGGAGGAGAGAGACAGAUAGCGCGAGCGGGUGCGAAGCCCUUUUCAUUUCGAUGUGGCCUCGUGGGUAAUGGAUGUGGUUCCCUUCGUCUUUUCCCCGAAAUCCCUUCAAGAAACCCUAAACCCAGCUAGAAUCCCCUCGGGGAGUGGCUUUAGAAAUGCGCACGUUGCCAUUGGAGAGCUCCGUGAUAUUGGGGGAGCUCCGAGACCUCUUGUUUUCAACUUAAUCCGGGCAGUGAAUUUCUCCAGAUUUUCUCUAGACUUCUGCUGGGUUGAUGGGCAAUGAUGAUAACAAUGCAAAGAAAGACAAUGGGACAAAGAAGACACAAGCCCAACUUCAAUCACUGGAAAAAUUGUACUCAGAUGAGAAAUAUCCAAAGCAAAAGGCAAUGGAAGAGUAUGCUAUAUCCCUUAAUUUGACAUAUAACCAGAUCCGUACAUGGUUUGUUGAGAGGAGAAGGAAAGAGAAAAAGGAGAAUGAAGCUCUGAGUAAAUUGAAAUCCAUUGAAUCUGUGGAACCAGAAUCAGAUCAAUCAAAUGACAAUGUAUUUUUUGCUGAUGGUAGGCAUGUCAGCCAGAAAGACAGACACUCAGCACCAAUAAUGCAUAGGGCAAAUAUAUCAGGACAUUCUAGCAACCAGCUUGUGAGACAUAAAGACAGUCACAAGAUUUCAGGACAACAUAUGAAGAACUCUGUUGCUGGGAGAAUGCAUUGUGCAGAAAAGAAACAUCUUGUUCGCUUACAAGUUUUAUUUUCCCAGGACUAUAUUUUGAAAAAAGUAUUUCGCAAAGAUGGUCCUCCCCUUGGAGUAGAGUUUGAUCCUCCUCCUGGAAAUGCUUUCAGCUAUCGUACAGGUUCAGAAAAGGGGCAAAACCUUCAGUCUUGUUACAAUAGCCAAAGAAGCCUCAAAAAGAGAAAGGUCUUGGAGUUUCCUUUGGUGGACCCCAUAACUUCCCAUGAAAGAAAUGUUCCUGAAAAGAAGUGUGGUCUGGGAAAAGGUUUGAUGACAGUAUGGCGUGCAACAAAUUCAGGAAGUGGAAAGUUUCCAACUGGUAUUGAUUUUGUGAAUGGAAGUGCAGCCUGGAUGCUGUUCAAAUCUAAUGCUUCUUUUAAAAAAGUGAUGUGUCAGGUUUCAAAAAGAAUGCAGCAAAGGGGACAGAGACAAAAUACAUCAUGGAAAAAGAUAAAGGAGAAGAGAAAGCUUCCCAUAAGGAAAAGAAAGGUACUAUGUGGCAAGAAUGUAGAUCAGAAGAAACCUCAUCCAACAGAAUGCAAGCUUUCACUUGACGAACCAAAAUCUUUGGAACAAUCAAAUGCGCUGACAGUAUUAGUUGAUGAUGAGGAGCUGGAACUCAGGGAGUUACAGGCUGGACCAAAUCCAUUGAGAUGUUCUGCCCAUCUUGCUUCAAGUGGAAGACAUGGGUGUCCGCUUUGCAAAGACUUGCUGACCAGGUUUCCUCCACAAAGUGUGAAAAUGAAGCUGCCAUUCUGCAUAAGACCUUGGGAUUCUUCACCAGAACUCGUUAAAAAACUGUUCAAGGUUUUGCGUUUCUUGUAUACUCAUUCUGUAACAAUUGAAGUAUGCCCCUUUACCCUAGAUGAGCUUGCUCAGGCAUUCCAUGACAAGGACUCCUUGUUAUUAGGAAAAAUUCAUGUGGCUCUUCUCAAGCUGCUUCUGUUAGAUGUGGAGAAGGAGAUAACUGCCGGAUUCAUCCGCCGAGCUUUCAAGGACUGCAAAUUUCUGGGGUUUCUGAACUUUGUAAGAGAACAGGAACUUGAUGUGAAUUUCUGGAGUAGAUCUCUCAAUUCUCUUACAUGGACUGAAAUACUGCGACAAGUGUUGGUUGCGGCAGGUUAUGGUUCUAAGCAGAAUACAGCAAAGAGACAAAUUUUUAGCAAGGAGAGGAACCGAAUGGCUAAAUAUGGCCUAUGUCCCCGUACACUGAAAGGAGAACUAUUUACAUUGUUAUCUAAGCAAGGAACUGGUGGUUUAAAAGUUUCUGAGCUGGCAAGAGCUUCUCAGAUUGUUGACCUUGACCUCCCCAACACAAAAGAAGAUCUAGAACAGUUGAUAAGCUCAACUCUUUCCAGUGAUAUCACAUUGUUUGAGAAAAUUGGGCCUUCAGCAUAUCGUCUUCGUGUGGAUCCUCAUGUUAAAGGAAAAGAAGACCUUCUAUCGGAUACCGAGGAUUCAGGAAGUGUAGAUGAUGACUCUGUGGAUGCUAGCUCCAGCAAUGAUGAUUCUGAGGAGAUUAAUUCUGCUAUACAUGAAAGGUGGAUCGUUAAGUACAAGGCUCGGCGAAAGAAAACAGGCCAAGAGGUAGCUAAAUGCACUGAAAUUGAUGAAAGUUAUUCAGGGGAAGCAUGGGUUCUUGGAUUGAUGGAGGGUGAAUACUCAGAUUUAAGCAUUGAAGAGAAGUUGAAUGCUUUGGCAGCUCUUGUUGAUCUUGUUGGUGCUGGUUCUAUUGUAAGACCUGAGGAACCAAUAAGAGUCAUAUCAGUCAUUCCCAGCACACAAUCUCAUGGAUCAGGUGCAAAAAUAAAGAAAUCAUCGACAAAUAAUCAUCUACUAUCCCAAGCAUCAUGGGAGGGACCUGCCCAUAAUGUAGAAGAAACACACUCUUUACCAGUUUCUUGUCCAACUGAUUUUUCUGCUACCUUCUUAAAGACAACUAAGCAAUCCUCUGUCAAUGCAAAUGAAUAUCACCCAUCGGUCUCCAGAACAAAGAACUCUGAGCCUAUGGGAGAACCUGGUCAAGUUGUGCAUCCAUUACAGUCCAUAUAUUUAGGAUCUGAUCGUAGGUACAAUAGCUAUUGGCUUUUUCUUGGCCCUUGUACUGCAGAUGAUCCAGGCCAUCGAAGGGUCUAUUUUGAGUCUUCUGAAGAUGGUCAUUGGGAGGUGAUCGAUACAUCACAGGCUCUGCAUACACUGCGCUCUGUUUUAGAUGGUAGAGGCACACGGGAGGCUCGCCUUUGUGCGUCUUUGGAGAAGAGGGAAACAUUUCUCUGUCAAGCAAUGGAUGAGUAUAUGACUGAUGAAAUUAGAAUCAGGCAAACCAGAAGAUCUGAUCCAUCUGACUUAGACACGAAUAGUGGAGAUGGAUCUUCACCUAUUUCAGAUAUAGACAAUGUUACGAUUCCUACAGAAUCCACAGAAAAUCUAUUGGCUGCAUCUGGCGCCAUAGUUCUUGAAGUGGGGAGGGGUGCUGAAGAUAAGAAGCAAAAAUGGGAACGUCUGCAGGCAUUUGACAAAUGGAUAUGGAGUUCUUUCUAUUCCAGUCUUAAUGCUGUAAAGUACAGUAAAAGGUCAUAUAUGGAAUCUUUAGCACGCUGUGAGAGUUGCCAUGAUUUGUACUGGAGAGAUGAAAAACAUUGUAAAAUAUGUCAUGCUACCUUUGAGAUAGAUUUUGAUCUUGAAGAAAGAUAUGCCAUCCACGUUGCAACAUGUAGGGAAGUAGAGGACACCAGCGGGUGUCCAAAUCAUAAGGUUCUGCCUUCCCAGUUGCAAGCACUCAAAGCGGCAAUUCAUGCAAUCGAGAUGAAUAUGCCUGAUGCAGCAUUAGCUAAUACAUGGACAAGUUCAGCACACAAGCUUUGGGUCAAGCGGCUGCGACGCACAUCAUCUAUGCCAGAGCUUUUGCAGGUUCUUGUUGAUUUUGUUGGUGCCAUCAAUGAGGAGUGGUUGUAUGAAUGUGCUUCUUCUUUUGGUUCUAAUAUGGCUUUAGAUGAUAUCAUUGUAUAUUUCCAGACCAUGCCGCAAACAACAUCUGCAGUUGCACUUUGGAUGGUCAAAUUGGAUUCUCUGAUUGCUCCUUAUCUGGAAAGAGUUCAAUCUAAAAGAAGAUUAACAAGCAUGUCGCAGUUACGACGAAGCGGGGCCUGUACGAGAUAGUUUGGAAUCAAUAAAGCUAAUUUUUUUGUUAGCAUCUGUGUCGAAGUCAAGAGCAUUUGGGUACAAGCUAAUACGAGGGAUGACAUUUAAAGGAUUGGAAGAUGUAUGGCCCACAUAAUCUCUCUUGAACAUUUUGGUCGUACUGAUGAUAAGAGAGAUUCUCCAUCAGGCUGUUGCUAUGGAUUUCUCAGUCCUUGAGCAAAUGUUUGUAAUUCACUUGGCUGCAGUUUCGAUCCAUAUGUCACCUUUGAGGAUAAGGUAGUUCAGCUGGAUCAGCAACUGUUGAAAGUGAAUCAGUUACCAAACAUGAACGUCGUGGCCUGACAAGUUUUGCAGUCCUGUAUUUUUGAAGUAUAGGUUUGUCACAGCAAUGAAUGUCACAGUCAUGUUAAUAUUCAUAAUUUCCUCCAUAUGAAUGUCUUACAGUUUUUUUUUUUUGUUUUAAAUAUCUCUUCUAAUGUCAAUUCAGCACUUUGACCAAAACGAUUCAAAAGUCAUGACAGCAAUUGCUUGUAAUUAGGGGAGCUGUUUAGCAAUCUUUUGUUGAAGUAAAUAAUUCCUGUUUUCAUGUUAUUAGGAGAAAUUCAUUGCUAUUUGUAUGGCAUUUCUGA